AUGGCAAGUUCUUCAGCAGGUUCUUCUUCACAAGGAGUGGGAGGUUCUUCACAAGGAAUGCGAGUUUUAGGCGAAAUUUAUGAAAAUUUAUCACUAUCACAAGAAAUUAGCUACGAUGAUUUGCAACGUGUGAUAUUAAACUUCCGGAACCUAGCGAAAGACACAACUACUGCCUGGAUUGACCCAUUUGAGACACCAUUGCAAAAUGCAUGUCGUCACCAUCAAUUGGAGAUGGUCAAGAAGCUACUAUUUCAAGAAAUGACGAGGCAUGAGACGAUGGAAGAAGAUAUUCAUUUUCAACGGAGUUUAGAGCUUGAUAUUGCCGCUGGGAAUGGCAAUUUGGAGAUUGUUAAGCGAUUGUGCCCAAACAAUAUUAACCCCAGUCCGCUUGCUCAAGAUAACUUAGCUUCCUAUGGGCUAGCUAUACCGGUUGUGCGGGCAUCAAAUGCAGGGCAUGGAGAGGUCACUCGCUACCUCUAUAACAAUCAUUAUAAGAAUUCAGCUAUCUUGAAGGAUAACAAGGGAUAUUGGGGUACACGUCUCCUUCUCGAUGCCAUAUUUUAUGGAUAUCUCCGCAUUGCGUUGGACAUCGUCAACGACGUCCCGUCUCUGGCUCCACUUAGGUUCAUAGCUUUGAAACCUGACUUGCUUCAUAGCCACUGCCAUCUUGGGUUCUGGCGAGGCCUCAUCUACUCUUGUAUACGUAUAUCUGAGACUUCGAGACCAAACCGAAGCAAUGGUCUUUUUUGUAUGCCACUGAAACUAAAAGGUCUCUCCAAAUGGUUUGGAAUAAAGCAAAUAUAUGAGCUAAAAGAUCGACAUCAUAAAGCUCAUAGGUUGCUUAAAACUUUUUGCAUGAAACGAGCCAUCAUGAUCAAGGACGAGAGCUGGAAAAAGACGGUCUAUGAAGCAUUACUUGCAGCGGUGGAGAAUGGGAACAAGGAAUUUUUCACCGAGAUAAUCAAAUGUAACCCUCGACUUCUUUGGAUCUCGAAAACUGCCUCUGGUCGAAACCUCUUUCAGCUGGCUGUUGAAUUCAAGAAAGAGAAGAUCUUUAAUCUGAUACAUGGUUUAGAUGAUAGAAAGGUCACGCUGCUUAGAUCUUCCGACAACAAAAACAACAACAUUCUCCAUAUCGCCGCUCAUCUCUCUACUCCCGACCAACUUUCUAAGAUUUCUGGAGCUGCUCUCAAGAUGCAAAGAGAGAGUCAGUGGUUUGAGGAAGUAAAGAGCUUGAUAUCAGAACGUGAAGUAGUGCAAAAAAACAGGGACAAGAAGACCCCGCGAGAAAUAUUUGAAGAUUCUCACGAACCUCUACGAAAAGAAGGAGAAGAAUGGAUGAAGUACACUGCCACUGCUUGUAGCUUCGUGGCAGCUCUCAUUGCAACUGUCACAUUUCAAGCAAUAUUCACUGUUCCUGGAGGUACUAAUGAAACUUCGGGUGCACCUCUUCUUCUUACUGACAAGCAUUUCACAGCGUUCAUCAUAGCAGACACUCUAUUCUUCUUCGCCUCCUGCAUCUCUGUGCUCAUAUUCCUCAGCAUUCUGACCUCAAGAUACUCUUUUGAUGACUUCAUUGUAUCACUUCCUAGAAAGAUGAUAUUGGGUCAAUCCAUUCUGUUCAUAUCUAUCGCCUCAAUGCUUCUUGCGUUCAUCACCUCGGUUUCGGCGUCGAUGCGUGAAAGGCCAUUGCUUGUAGUCCCAUUGAAGCCACUCGCCAGCGUCCCUGCGUUUCUCUUCUUGAUGUUGCAAUAUCCUCUUCUCAAUGAGAUGAUUUCUUCCACCUAUGGCAAACGACUCUUCCACCGCGAUACAAAAAGUUGGCUAGAACCAUGUGUAGAUAUUACUAUUACACAUGGAUCAUCUGGGCCCAUUUCAGCAAGCAGUAGUGGUCGCCUAAACAUUUAG